AUGGUAAUAUGUAUUCUUGAAUCAAUUUUUAUUUACGUAAUUUUUUUUUUAGUAAAAAAUAUAUGUUGUUCUCAAAAUAAUGAUAAUAUGAAUGAAUUAAAAAAAAUGAUUGAUAAUAAAGGAUUACAUAAUGAUAAUAUGAAUGAAUUAAAAAAAAUGAUUGAUAAUAAAGAAUUACAUGAUAAUUUAAUAAAAUUAGAAUCAUUAAUAAUUCAAUCGUUAGAAAUGGAUGAUUUAAAACUACCAAGAUUAAAAGCAGAUACAGAAUUAUACUUAAAUUUGUCUAAUUACAAAAUAAUAAAAAUUGGUUCAAGUUCCAGCAAAAUUAAAUAUAUUGUACCUACUUCUAAAUGUAAUGUUGAUGAUAUAGUAAAAUAUGAACAUAUUACAAAAGAACAUCUAAUGGAAUCCUAUGACCUUGAAAAAUCUUCUCUUGUUAAAAAAAAAAAUUUAGUUGUUAGAACUUUAAAAAUAAUCAAAUUUAUGUUACUACCAAUUAUUUUUUACAAAAAAACAAACAAAUUAAAAGAAUCAUUAGCUCAAUUAAAUAGUCUUUUUUAUGACAAUAUAGGGUCAACAGAAUCUACUAAAUCAAUUUUUCAAGUGAAAUAUGAAAGUCAGUCAUCUAAAACUGUUGGAUUAACCUAUAAAAAUAUACAAAAAAGUAUUUUUAUACAUAAUGUAUUAGAUGAUAUUAAUAUCGAAAUAUUAGAAUCUAAUGAUUUAUUUUUUACGACUCAUCCAAAUAUUGAUUUCAUGAGAAAAUUAGAUAGAUUAUCUAAUUACUAUGACUUGGGGAUAUUUAAUUUAAUUGGUUCUCACUUUAUAGCUUUAGGACAUUUUAUUAUUUUAAAAUUAGCAUAUAAACUCUUUCAUGAGUAUUUUGAAGUUGGAAAUAUAAAAUUUUUUAGCUGGGAGAAAAUUUUGCAAUUCAAUAUAUCAGAUAGAUUUAAAGCACUUGAUUUAAUUUGUAACCAUGGUUCUAAUUACGUAGGUUACAAAAAGAGAAGAGACCAAUUUUUAAAAUAUGAUAGAAUGCGGACAUUGGAAGAGUGUAGAAUAUUAGAAUUUUUAAUUCACUAUCUUAAUAAAUACCAAAUGGAAUUAUAUACUAAUGUAUAUGAAAAUAAUUUAAAAAUUCAGGUUUUAAUGGAACAUAAUCAUAUAAAAGAUGCAUUUUUUAAUUUUAUGUGUAAAAAUAAAUCUAACUGUAAUAUAUAUGACAGUGAGAAAUUUAAAACUGAGUUCAGUAAAAAAGAUUUUGCAGUAGCAGAUAAAUAUAAUUUUUCAUUAUACAAUUAUUUUGAAUCUUCUAACAUAAGUUCAUUCAGCAUAUAUGUAAAUUUUCUCUACUUUAUAAAAUAUUAUAAUUACUUUAAUUAUAAAUGUAUUUUAUAUGUUCAUCUUUUAAAUCUUAUUGGAAUUUUAAAUAAUGAUAGAAGGGCAUAUGUGAGUUCCCUUUACUUACCAGGAUAUUAUAAUGCUAUCCAACUGUCGUUUGAUGAAAAAUCUGAGAUUGUGAAGCUCUAUGAAAACUUGAUACAAUGUGUUAAACAGUGUUAUAUAGACGAAAGAAGAAAAGAAAUAUUAUCAUACAACAUCGAUUCUCUUUUAAAUUAUAAAAAAAGUGAUUUAGAUAUUUGUAAUAUGUGCGAAGGAACACUUUUUUAUAUUAGCGGUCAAAUUGAUAACAGACCUUCUAUGCUACAAAAAUUUUAUAUUUACCUUACCAAAGUUAUUAAAAUAAAUAAUAUUAGUUUAUUAAUGAAAAAUAUGAUAACAUAUGAGGAUUAUGAUAAUUUUUUAGCUAAUGAUAUAAAUUGGUAUACCUUUUUAUUGUUAUUUAGACUUACAUCAUAUAAAGGUGUUUAUCAUGACAAUAUAGCUAAAGCUAUGUAUUUAAGUUUAAAAAAAGAAGAUAAAUUUAAAAGGUCUGCUACUACAAGUUAUUGGUCUCCUUCUCCAAUAAGAAAGUAUUAUUCAUUAUAUUUGAGAAAACAUGAGUCUAUCAAUUUAUUACAUAAGUUAAAAGGACUCUUAAAUGAUAAAAUUGUAGAGAAAAUCAAAGGAAGUAUAAAGUUCAUUAUUCAUGUAAGUUCUUUUUUACAAUUAGAUUUUUUUUCUUAUCUUAUUGAAUCUAGUAAGAAUGCAUAUGUGUAUCCUUUAACUUUAUUAAUGGAAAGUAAAUUUAGAGAAUGGAUGAAGAGUUUUGAAAUGGGUCGUUUUUUUUUAAAUUAUGAAAAUGAAGAUAUAGAAUAUGAUAAACCUAAAAAUAUGGGAAAUGGAGAGAAUGAAACUCCUAAAUAUAGAAAAUGGAUUCUUAUUAUGAAAAAAUUUGUAGAUAAAUCAUAUGAAGCAUAUUUUAAUCAAAAAAACGUAAAAAAAAUUUACUAUUAUUAUAAUCUUUAUGGUGUAAGUAAUAAAUUAAUGUUAAUGAAAGACUCUUAUGAAUUAUAUUCGAAAUAUUAUGAGGAUGUAGUUUUUUAUGCAGACAUAUUUGAUUUAAGGAAGACUAAUAAAUCACUUAUUCCAAGAAAAGAAUUCAGAAAGAAAAAAUUUACUUUUUAUUCGCAAUAUUUCUUUGGGAAUACUAUAAAUGCUCUUAAAUAUGGAUUUAUAUAUGGAUUUAUAAUAAAUAAAAGUUACUUAAAAGAAGUUGUUGAUAUAUUAUUUUCAAUAUAUAAAAUGAAUACAGAUACCUUUUCAGACACUUCUUUCUUACAAACCGUAUAUCUGCUUUUUAAAGAAAUACAGAAAAGCUUUUAUAUGCAUAGAAGAAAUGAUAACACGAGUAUGAAUAAUACCUUUUUUUUCAACGUUAAUACUAAUUAUUCUAAAAUGAGAAAAGAAAAUAGAGAAGAAGAGAUUAAUGCUUCUAUGGCAUCUAAAUAUUUUGCAAAAACUCUAUUUGUGGCGUUUCAAAUUAUGUUUACUAUAAAGUUAAGUAGGUAUAUGGAUUAUCUUGAUAGAAAAUACGGUAAUGAUAAAUUCUUAAAAUUAAUGAUAGAUGAAAAAGCAUUCAUGAAAUAUACAUAUGUGUUUCAUGGAAGUAUGAUAGAUAGUUUAACAAAUAGUUUUUUGCCAUAUUAUUCAAAGGGGCCAAUAACUCAGUUAAGGUACGGAAAAGCUUUUAUUUUAGCUAAUAUGCAUAAAUUAUGUGCUCAUAUAUUUUCAAUAUUAAAUUUAAAUAAUUUAAGUCUUUUACUUGAAUACCAAGCGAUAAUUAGCUCUAGUUUUUAUGUAACUAAAAAAUUGAAUCAAUAUAUGGAUAAAAAAAUUGAAUUUGCAUGUUGGUCAUUUUUUUUUAAAGUGACACAUGACUUUUUACAAAGGAUGAGUGCUUCUAGUGCUGCUGUGGUUGAUAGUGCUGCUAAAUCUCCUAAUGUGGGAACAUCUCAUGAUAAAGGUGGUGACGUAUUGGAAUUCGCAAUGGAAGUGCUUCCUAAUUAUAUGGCAGGUUUGUAUGAAAUUGGUAAUAUUCAUUUAAGAAAAAAAGAUAUAUUUUCCUCUGUUUCUUUAAAUAAAUUACAAGAACAAAUUAUUCGUGAAUAUUAUUUUAUCCCUUCAAAAAAGAAAAAAAAAGUUUAUUCUAUUACUUUUACUUACUUUGUAAAGUAUUUUCAUGAAACUAUUUUUAGCUAUCUCCUUUAUCACUUUUUUGCCUGGCUUUUUUAUUAUUUUUUUACAUUAUAUGUGGACGUUGAUUUAAUUAUUCUAACAAUUCGAAAUAGAAUUCGUGUAUUUGAUAGAUUUUAUUCUAUAUUUGAGGAUAAAGUUGAACAUUUUCUUCAACAAAAGUUGAAUAACUUUUCCAUUGACCCAAUACUAGAAAAGGCUAAAAAAGCACAAAUGCGUAUUAAAAAUAAAGAAAAGUAUGAAGACUUACUUAAUUCUAGAGUUCAUAUGAAUGAAUUUAAUAAAAAACCAUAUAUUAAAAAUAUCAAGGAGAAACUACUAAUGUUAACACCACAUGAAAUAGAAAAGUUGCUAGAAAAAGAAAAUAUAGUUUACAUUGAUGAUGAUUCUUCUUUUGAAGGAUUGGAUGAAGAUGAAGUAUUUUUAAAUAGAAGAAAAACUAUAUGUUAUGAAGAAAAAAUAGGGACCAAAAAAAAUGAAAAUAUGGAAAACAAUAAAGAAAAAGUAACAAAAACCAGGUUAGAUAUAUCGAACGAGGCAAAUAAAAUAAGGAAAGGCGUGAAAAAGGAUUCAACAAAUGAUUUUAAUGAUGAAUUUAAUUAUUCUGAAUUUUAUUGUUCUGAAAUAUAA